ACCCGGAAUCCGGAAGUCCAACGUUUCUUUUUUUGCUCUUUUUUUGUUGUUGCGUCGAUACCUUCUGUGAUACGCAUUGCGGUCACACACAUCCCGGUUGUCCAAACAACGCGAGUGACCCGCAUCGCCGCUUCUUCUCCACCACAAGGUGAUGUUCAGCAUAAGGUGGUGUUCGGCAUAAGGUGGUGUUCAGCGGCUUCCUCAGCUAACCGCUACCGCUGCGUCUGCGCACCCUGCGCCCGGGGAGCGAACCGUGACUCCGGCGGGAAGAUGUGGUCCGGCCGGGAGGGAUCGUGGACGUUCGUCGUACCCGCGGUGGCGACCUUGUUGUUGCUGGAUGCCGUCGGUUACGUGCAGGCGAAGAACUUUGAGGAUGUUCGCUGCAAGUGCAUCUGCCCGCCGUACAGAAACAUCACUGGCCACAUAUAUAACAGAAAUGUGUCUCAGAAGGAUUGUAAUUGCCUCCAUGUGGUGGAGCCCAUGCCGGUGCCUGGCCACGACGUCGAAGCUUACUGCCUGUUGUGUGAGUGCAAGUACGAGGAACGAAGCAGCAACACCAUCAAGGUAACCAUCAUCAUUUACCUCUCUGUGGUGGGUGCGCUGCUGCUCUAUAUGCUGUUCCUGCUGCUGGUCGACCCUCUCAUCCGCAAACACGACGCCUACACCCAGCCACUGCACAAUGAGGAGGACUCUGAGGAGAUGCGUCCGCCCGUGGACAGUGCCGCUGCCAAAGCAAACACGGUGCUGGAGCGGGUUGAAGGAGCACAGCAGCGCUGGAAAAAGCAGGUCCAGGAACAACGCAAGACCGUUUUUGAUCGCCACAAGAUGCUUAGUUAAACUCCGCAGCUGACCUCAGGAGGUUUGGAAUAGGUAACUUACCUGUGCUCAUCGCUUUUACACUGUCACCAGCUGCACUGCUACUGACUUCUUUGUUAAUGCUGUGUACUGCACCCAAUCAAUAAGUAUUUCUUCACUCAGAAAACACUCCAAAGACAUUGAUCUAAGAAGCAGAGGAUUUUUAUUUUGUAAAUGUAACAUUUUAGGCGGAGUUGCAGUUGGAAUGGCCUGGCUGCACACUGUUAACCGCUAGAAACCAUCUUAAUCUUUUAAUUCAUUUUCGGCAAUUAGCAAUGCGAUAGAUUUUGAAUGGUUUAAUUUAGUAAAAGACUGAAUCAUUUUGUAGCUUCUUCUUGAUCAUUUAUCCUAUUAGCUUUGUGGUAAUUUGUUGUAUAAUUGAGCUGUUUUUCUUGUAGCAUAAUUUAUAAAGUUCCCUCCCAAUAGGAACACUUUGUGUAUGUGAAUGGUCCUUUAAGCUAUUUGGGUUGAAAGAGUACCCUUCCUAUGCUGUUGUUAAGCAUAGCACAUUUCCAUGAUAUUAAUUUAUUUGUUAACUUUUAAUAUUUAUUUGUUUCGCAAUGCUUUCCGUAGUUACCUGGACAUAUUUUGCAUAAUUUGGACUAAUAAGUAGUUCAUGGAUUAUUAAUGGGGUUUGUUAUUUUAAAGCUUUGACGUUGCUACAUUUACAAACCCAAAUAUGUGCCUUUUUCUUUUUCCCAAAGUCCAGCUCAAAACACAGAUCCUAAAUGUGAGCAAUUCACAGUAUAUGAAAUAUUACAGGUAUUUAGGUCUACUUUAAUUACUUUCGAUAGUGUUAGUGAUUUGUCUGAAUUAACCUUUAUCUUGAAUGUGGAAAUUUAUAAAAGGUUUGUUCUUUGAGGUUGGCAUAAAAUCACAUUUUCUUUUGGAAAGUGUGAAAAUACUUUCCCAUGCAAAGAGAGAAAUGGAAAUUGGGGCAAUUAACGGCGCUUUAAAGCUCUCCUCGGUGUAAAACCAGCUCUAACGCUGGAUCAUUUGAUGAAUCAGUAAAGCUGCUAAUGGUGCAGUUGAGAGAAAUGCCUCCACCCUCGUGUGUUUGAUGCUCCAUCGGGGAAUUCCCCGUUGCAUCUUACUACUGAAGCUCCCUGACGGGGAACAUUUAAUAGAGCAACCUGGCUCACGUUCUCUCAUGUUCUGUAUUAUCAUUGGAGUUUAUUUUUUCUUCACUGAUUGAUGUGUGUAUACGUUCACAUAGCUGUUGUUAUAAAUGUAUUCAGUCUUGCUGGAUUAUUUCACUGCUCAUGUCUAUACAAUCUGCUUGAUGUGAAAUAAAAAAAACAAAAUCUGAA